UCGUCCAGGCACGUCGACCAAGCCAUCCUCAGCGAAGAACGCCGCGUCGUGGUCCUCCGCUUCGGCGCCGCCGGCGCCCCCGCCGUCAUGUCCAUGGACGAGCACCUCUACAAGAUCGCGGGCAAGCUCAAGAACUUCGCCACCAUCUACCUGGUCGACAACACCGAGGUGCCCGACUUCAACGCCAUGUACGAGAUCUACGACGAGUGCACCGUGAUGUUUUUCUGGCGGAACAAGCACAUUCAGGUUGAUUUCGGCACGGGAAAUAACAACAAGAUCAACUUUGCCAUCAGCAGCAAGGAUGAGCUGAUUGACAUCAUCGAGACGGUGUAUCGCGGCGCGAGCAAGGGCAAGGGCCUGGUGGUCUCGCCCAAGGACUACUCGACCAAGUGGCUCUACUAG